UUCAACUAAUAUAUUUGUUGAGAGCUUGAGUUCUUACAGAGAGGAAGAGGGAGGGAGGUGCUGAAGCAUUCAACGAAGCAAAGGAAGCGGGUUUCUUUCGAACGUCGUAUUUGUUGAGGAAACCCACUCAGCGCCGAAAAUGCCACUCAUUCCGCUCCCCGCCGCUGCUCGCAGCAACCCUGACCGUCUCCUUCGCCAAGUCAUCGCCGCAAUGAUCCAGUGCCGCCCCUUCACUCCUUUCUUCCAGCCCUCCCCCUCCUUUCCCGGCUGGACCUCCGACCUUGUUUGCACCAUUCUCGCCUCUAUUCCCCGCUUCUUCUUCCUUUCCCACCGCUCCAUCGGCCGCCAGCCAUUCUCCUCCCGCCAUCGCUCCCCUCUCCGCCAACGCUUCCUGCGCCACGAAACCCGACCUCUUGGCCCUUCGGCCCAUCGCGAAUACUCCAUCGUUCUCCUCGGCGUCUCCAAAGCCCUCGAGUUCUAUUCCUGGGUCCAAUUCUCCCACGACGAGUCAACAUGCCGCGAAAUGGCUCGCCUUCUCGCCAAGUCCAAUAUCCUUCCCCCUCUGUGGCGCUUUCUUCGGUCGAACGAACAUCUCGUCACUAUUGCAACGGUGACGUCGGUGAUUAAAAUCCUUGGCGAUCAAGGCCUCGCUAAGGAGGCGCUCGCUGCUUUCUAUCGAAUGAAGCAGGUGCACUGCAAACCAGAUGUCCAGUGCUACAACACCGUCAUAGCCGCUCUUUGCCGCGUGGGAAAUUUCAAAACAGCUAGGUCUUUGCUCGAGCAGAUGGAGCUCCCGGGAGCUCGGUGCCCACCGGACACUUACACUUACACUAUAUUGAUUUCGUUCUAUUGCAAGAGAAGCAUGCAGACCGGAUGCCGGAAAGCGAUCAGGCGGAGGAUAUGGGAAGCUAAUCAUAUGUUUCGGAGGAUGCUGUUCAAUGGGUUUGUCCCUGAUAUUGUGACCUACAACUGUUUGAUUGAUGGUCUUUGUAAGACUUACCGGAUUGGAAGAGCACACGAGCUGUUCGAUGAUAUGCUUAUGAAGGGUUGUAUUCCAAAUAAGGUGACGUACAAUUCCUUCAUUAGGUAUUAUAGUGUUGUUAAUGAGGUGGAUAAGGCGAUUGAAAUGAUGAGAGAAAUGGUUGCAAGGAAACACGGAAUACCCAGUUCAAGUUCUUACACUCCAGUCAUCCAUGCGCUGUGUGAGGGCAGGAGGUUUAAUGAGGCGAGGGAGAUUUUGUUAGAGAUGGUUAAUGGUGGUCAUAUUCCAAGAGAGUUUACAUAUAGGUUGGUUUGCGAUGCAUUAAGCAGUUCAGGGGAAAAUGGUUUAUCAGAAGAGGUUCGCAGAAGAGUUGAAGAAGGAAUAGAUGUGAGAUUCAGACAAGUAAUGCGAGUGAAGCCUCUGUUGCAAGUUAGUGGAGUCAGGAGCUAGAGCUUGAUAAAAAAACAAUGAUGAUGCUAAAUCUAAGGCGCUGACUGACAAACGAAUGUAUGAUCAUAUUCACCAACCAUAUUUUUGGUUGCAUUUGUUGAAAUGUAUGGAGAAAGAAGCUGAUGUAAGGAAGAUCACUGGAGACCAAGAGGGAGAAGACACCAAGAAGUGAAGGAUUUGCUGCUACGAUGUUGGAAUUCUAUCAGGCUCUCUGGACAAUUAUGGGCGGGUUGCAUUUAUUGAAAUGUAUGAAGAAAGAAGCUGAUGCAAGGAAGAUAAGUAGAUCACCGGAGACCAAGAGGUAUGCUGCAACUGGCAACUUUAUAGAUUGUCAAAAUGUGAAGACUCCAAUCUCUCUCUCUCUCU